AUGACGCUGGGCAGCGUGGGGGCGACCCUGCGGGGGGCGGCGCGCGGAGCCGGGGUAAGCACCGCCCCGGGCGCGGCCGACCCCCGGGCCUCGCAGCCCUUCCCUGAGCACGUCCGGCCUCGGUUUCCCCAGCGCCUGCUGGAGCUGGAAUCCCCUCUCCAAGUCGUCUUCCUCAUGCACACCAAAUGGUUCUCCAAAACGCCAGCCAAGCCCUUGGUGGCCCAGAAGACACCCAUCAAGGUAGAGCUGGUGGCUGGCACUACAUACAGGUGGUGUGUAUGUGGUCGUAGCAAGAAGCAGCCCUUCUGUGAUGGCUCCCAUUUCUUUCAACGCACUGGCCUAUCCCCACUCAAGUUCAAGGUCCAGGAGACUCGCAGUGUAUUCCUCUGUACCUGCAAGGCCACCCAGAAGCCCCCAUACUGCGAUGGUACCCACAAGAGUGAGCGGAUACUGAAGGCAGAAGUGGGUUCCCCACUCUGA